AUGGCCUGUUUUGCGCGUGAGAAAUGUCUCCCGUACAGAUUUCCAACGCUCAUGAACUUGAACCCAAGUUCCGGAGGUUAUGGCGGCGGUGGCGGCGGCGGUUACGGAGGCCGCGGGAACGACAGACGAUCAUCGGGUUAUGACCGUCGUGACGAUGGCGGACGAGGAGGCGGGAGAGACAGUUACGGUGGCGGCGGGGGAGGUGGUCGAGGGAGCUAUGGCGAUCGUCGCGGCGGAGACUUCAGAUCUGGAGGUGGAUUCGGGGACGGUGGUUUUGGCGGAACACAAGAACACGAUAUGCCAGACACCAUUUUCAUUACGGGCAUGCCAGAAGAGGUGACCGAAGAGCAAAUCGAAGAGCACUUCGGUGCCAUCGGAAUAAUCAAAACCGACAAGAAAACCAGAAAGAAGAAAAUCUGGAUUUACAAGGACAAGGAGUCCGGCAAGGGGAAAGGAGAAGCCACAGUUACCUAUGACGACCCGCCGACCGCGUCGUCAGCGAUCUCCUGGUUCGACAACAAAGAAUUCAUGGGUCAAACCAUCAAGGUACAAGUUGCUCAAAGAAAAUCGACCUGGGUUCCGCCCCAGAAAGGUGGCAGAGGUCGAGGUCGCGGUGGAGGCGGCGGUGGCGGCUUCCGUGGAGGGGACGAUCGAGGGGGAGGAGGAGGCGGUCGGGAGGGCGACUGGCCGUGCGACUCUUGUGGGAACAAGAACUUCGGCUGGAGAAACAGCUGCAACCGUUGCGAUACCCCCAAGCCCGGAGGCGGAGGCGGCGGUGACGGUGGCCGAGGAGGAGGUGGCGGACGGGAUCGUGGAGACCGCGGCGGAGGUGGCGGUUACAACAGACAUCGCCCGUAUUAAUUCCGAAUUCGGAGCAUUUCCCCAUCAUUCAUGCGAAAGAAGAAGCACCCGAGUGUCACCGUCAUUAUCACUGAAUAAAAUACUGCUUGAGGC